CCCACUUCUGACGCCAGGGAUCCCACUUCUGACACCAGGGAUCCCGCUUCUGACACCAGGGAUCCCACUUCUGACGCCAAACUGAAGUGACCAGAGAAAAGUCUGAGUGCACCUUGAGGUGGCCCAGCAGGUGUUUGCUGUCCUCCAUGAAGGUCUGAGGUGUUGGUCAGGUGACGAUGACGAGGAAGAUGAUGAGGAGGAGGAUAAAGAAGAGCGCCAGCACCUGUCCCAGGCUCCAGGUUGCCGUGGCGACGUGCUGACGGACGCCCGCCCGCUAUGCUGGGGGGGUCCCGCAGGAGGCCCAGCUCACCUUGAAGACUUUUAGCAGCCAUGGAGACCAGCAGAAGUUCCCCCUGAGCCCAGCAGCCGUCGCCAUAGAGACCAGCGGCCAUGACGGACCGAGCGCCGUUCAGCAGCCGACCACCGGGGGCGCCCAUCCUGCCCCCCGAGCCCAUCGACAUCAUCCGCGCCAAGGCUCGCUCCCGCAGGGUCCGCCUCAACGUGGGCGGACUGACCCACGAAGUCCUUUGGCGGACGCUGGACCGUCUGCCCCGGACGCGCCUGGGCCAGCUCCGGGACUGCAACACGCACGAGUCCCUGCUGGAGGUGUGCGACGACUACAACCUGGCCGACAACGAGUACUUCUUCGACCGCCACCCCGUGGCCUUCUCCUCCAUCCUCAACUUCUACCGCACGGGCAAGCUGCACAUGAUGGAGGAGAUGUGCGCCCUGUCCUUCGGCCAGGAGCUGGACUACUGGGGCAUCGACGAGAUCUACCUGGAGUCCUGCUGCCAGGCCCGCUACCACCAGAAGAAGGAGCAGAUGAACGAGGAGCUGCGCCGCGAGGCCGAGGGUCUCCGGGAGAAGGACGUGGUGGAGGAGGAGUUCGGGUGUUGUCCCGACCAGAGGCAGAAACUCUGGGACCUGCUGGAGAAGCCAAGCUCCUCCGUGGCCGCCAAGAUCCUGGCCAUGAUCUCCAUCCUGUUCAUCAUCAUCUCCACCAUUUCGCUGUCGCUCAACACUCUGCCAGAGCUGCAGGUGGUGGACGAGUUCGGCCAGUUCAACGACAACCCCAGCCUGGCCCACGUGGAGGCGGUGUGCAUCGCCUGGUUCACCAUGGAGUACUUGCUGCGGCUGCUGUCCGCGCCCAACAGGUGGGAUUUCAUCAAGGCGCCGCUGAACAUCAUCGACCUGCUGGCUAUCCUGCCUUACUACGUGACUCUCUGCCUAACGGAGUCCAACAAGAACGUCAUGCAGUUCCAGAAUGUGCGGCGGGUGGUGCAGAUAUUCCGGAUCAUGAGGAUCCUCAGGAUACUGAAGCUGGCCCGGCACUCCACUGGACUCCAGUCUCUGGGCUUCACGUUACGGAGGAGCUACAAUGAACUGGGUCUGUUGAUCCUCUUCUUGGCCAUGGGCAUCAUGAUCUUCUCUAGCUUGGUGUUCUUUGCCGAGAAAGAUGAGGAUUCCACCAAAUUCACCAGCAUCCCCGCCUCCUUCUGGUGGGCGACCAUCACCAUGACUACAGUCGGCUACGGAGACAUUUACCCGCAAACCCUCCUGGGGAAGAUUGUCGGGGGGCUCUGCUGCAUAGCCGGUGUGCUGGUCAUCGCCCUCCCCAUCCCGAUCAUCGUCAACAACUUCUCCGAGUUCUACCGCGAGCAGAAGAGGCAGGAGAAGGCCAUCAAGAGGCGGGAGGCUCUUGAACGUGCCAAACGGAGUGGAAGUAUCGUUUCCAUUAAUCCCAAAGAGGCUUUUGCACGAAACAUGGAGCUGACAGAUGUGCUGGUGGAGAAGAAGGAGGACAGUAAGUGUCCCGUGGACAACCACCUGUCACCAAGCCGCUGGAGCUACCACAAACGUUACUCCAACGCAGGGGUAGGCAGCCCCGAUCAGCCCAGACAAUUCCAGGAAGUGGCUCAGGUGGGCUCCCGUGAAAGCAUCAAGACGUUGCCGAACAAAAGCAGCCCUCAGCAACCUAACGUUCUAGUUCUGGACGACCGGACGGAAAGUCAGGACAAACUCCUGGAGGAGGUGGAGAUGAGCGUGUUGAACCAAGAAACUUCAAAUGAAGGUGCAAGGACAGUCUCCGGCACAGCUGAGAGUGGAGAGAGCGGCAGAGAAAGUUCUCUGGUUCCUGGUGUUGGCAGUAGUGCGAGGCAACUGCGCGCACCCCCUCCCUUGGAUCUGAGUCAGAUCAGUGCCAAGAGCGUUGACAGUGUCCAGACACUAACUCCCCUCCAAGAGAAUCCAUACAACUUCAAGGGGAGCAUCAGCAGCUCCUCUGCAGAUUCCUGCAGCAUGCAGAAGCCAAGAGCCCACAAAGUGGACCUGAUUGGCGGACGGGAGGAUGUGCUUAAGACAGCCAUGACACCUGUGGCCACCCCCGCCUCCGCCGGCUCAGCCAGGCUUGCCCAGGUCCUGGCGGACGACACGGCAUCCAGCAGAUUUUCUCUCAGCUCGGAAGUUAACCCUCCGCUACAGGCUCUCCUACAAUCUGCGUCCCCGAUGGGCCAAUUAGUCCGUCCGAGCAACUCUGCGGCGGAAGGUGAGAGAUUAGAAGGUGAAGGGCAGCUCACGGGUUUAAGCCGCCGGGGGAGGAAUCACGUGGAGCGCUCAGGCAGCAGCACUAGUCCUCUGCCUAAAGGCGGCGCGCUUAACUGCUCACAGGAACUGCUGACUGCGGAGGGGGGGGCGAGGGAGGCGGCACCUAGGGAAAGACAAGAAAACCACGUUCUAGACGGAAGUCUGACACCACCCAAUGAAACCAGCAUGUGAGGCCAAAUCCUUCACAAGAGUGGACCUGAAGGGACUGAUGCCAAAUCCUUUGGGGACCCUCAAGCUUCCUUCCCGUCCGGACCAUGGCCUCAUCUGGGUGUUCUUCAGGGAGUCUUGUGGUCCGACAGUACUGCCCUGUACUUAGUCGGGGUGUAACGCUACACGUGUUUGGAAUCCCAUCUUUCAGAACGUGGGCUUUGGUACAGAACUUGUGUUUACGGCGGGGGUGUCCAACUGGUUCCCAGUCAAGUCCACGUCGCAGUUAUGGCUGCCAUCAGAGGGCCGCUUGUAACAGCAGAUACUUUCAUUAUUAGAAAUAUUUUUUUUAUGUACACUGUAAAAGAAAAAUCUGUAGAUUGUACCGGAAAAAAACGGAAACUCAGUCACCAGAAUUUUAUUGUCAAAUUAUGAUUGUUUUUACUGUAAAUGGAAAACAGUACCACAGUUUGAUUUUAAUUCGGGCAACUGAACUGACAGUUUUUUUUACUGUAAAAAAUGUGAUAUUGUGUUUUCAUUUACAGUAAUAAACCGUAAAAAAACCAAGUGUUGAUUUUACGGUAAAAAACGGUUCAGUUACCAGAAUUUUACUGUGAAAUUUAUGAUUUUUUUUACAACAUAUUACUGUAAAUGGAAAACAGUAGCACUGUUUUAUUUAAAUUUUGGCAACUGAACUGAGUUUUUGGACUGUUUUUGGACUGUAAAAAAUGUGAUAGUGUUUUCAUUUACAGUAAUAAACCGUAAAGAAAAAUGGUAAAAACUGUCAAUUUAGUCAGCAGAAUUUUACUGUACAAUAUACAGUGUAUAUUACAUAUUACUGUAAAUGAAAAACAGUACCACCGUUUACUUUAAUUCUGGCAACUGAACUAACAGUUUUUUUACUGUAAAAAUUUGAUAUUGUUUUUAUUUACAGUAAUAAACCGUAAAAAAAACUUUUACUGUCAAAAGUAUGAUUGUUUUUACAACAUAUUACUGUAAAUGGAAAACAGUACCACUGUUUUAUUUAAAUUCUGGCAACUGAACUGAGUUUUUGGACUGUUUUGUACAGUAAAAAAUGUGAUACAGUAAUAAACUGUAAAAAAAAAAAAGGUAAAAUCUGUCAAUUUAGUCAUCAGAAUUUUACUGUAAAAUAUACAGUGUAUAUUACAUAUUACUGUAAAUGAAAAACUGUACCACCGUUUUAUUUUAAUUCUGAACUAACAGUUUUUUACUGUAAAAAUGUGAUAUUGUUUUUAUUUACAGUAAUAAACCGUAAAAAAAAACUUUUAAUGUCAAAAUUAUGAUUGUUUUUACAACAUAUUACUGUAAAUGGAAAACAGUACCACUGUUUUAUUUAAAUUCUGGCAACUGAACUGAGUUUUUGGACUGUUUUUGGACUGUAAAAAAUGUGAUAGUGUUUUCAUUCACAGUAAUAAACCGUAAAAAAAAAUGGUAAAAACUGUCAAUUUAGUCAGCAGAAUUUUACUGUACAUUAUACAGUGUAUAUAUACCAUAUUACUGUAAAUGAAAAACAGUACCACCGUUUGCUUUAAUUCUGGCAACUGAACUAACAGUUUUUUACUGUAAAAAUUUGAUAUUGUUUUUAUUUACAGUAAUAAACCGUAAAAAACACUUUUACUGUCAAAAGUAUGAUUGUUUUUACAACAUAUUACUGUAAAUGGAAAACAGUACCACUUUUUUAUUUAAAUUCUGGCA